AUGGGGCCCCCUCCUUCAAUGACACAGGGCCCGCUCUCCACUGAGCCUCCAACACAUGGCGAGCAGAAUGUCCCCUCCGUACCCCUCGGUACGACGUCCACAGAGCAGCCAGCAGCACAGAACUCUCCUAUCCCGGACAUUAGAGCCCCACCAGCGAGCACCCUUCCUGAUGGCUCCUCACAGAGCUCCGCGGCUUCCCCACCGGGCGCUGUGAUUGGAUCACCCGGUUCCUCCACUCUCCCUCAGCAGCAGGGCACUACAGAGAAGAAGGCUUUGCCUGGCAUUGUCAGUGACCAGAAUUCCACCCCUUCCUCCAUGGGUCCACCUCCCGCCCAGCUGGGGACGUCCCUGUCUCCAAGUCGUAUCAAUGACCCUUCAAGUCCUCAUAGGAAUAUGUCUGCCAAACCCCCAAUUCCCAUUCCACCCAGGUCCUCCCUCUAUCCUGGCCACACCCCUUCUAUUCGGGAGCAUGAGCCUUCUCUCAGUCAUGAGACCGCCUCUCUGUCCAGCUUCAGGUCCAAGGCCCCCGCUCCGGACACACUCAGCUACCUGGACUCUGUCAGCCUGAUGUCCGGCACACUGGAGUCCCUCACUCACCUGGAUGAUGCCAGCUCACUGGGCUCCGACUCUGAGAUCAACGGCAUGCCCUACCGGAAGACCGACAAGUACGGGUUCCUCGGAGGAAGCCAGUACAGCGGCAACGGGGAGGGUUGCACCUCUGUGGAGAUUGCCCGGCAGAGGGAGCUGAAGUGGCUGGACAUGUUCAAUCAUUGGGAGAAGUGGCUGAGCCGGCGCUUCCAGAAGGUGAAGCUGCGAUGUAGAAAAGGGAUCCCAUCUUCUCUGCGGGGCGCGUGCGUGGCAAUACCUCUCCAGCAGUUACCAACUCCUCAACAAGAACCCGGGGAAGUUCGAGGAGUUGGAGAGGCACCCUGGAGACCCCAAGUGGCUGGAUGUGAUAGAGAAGGAUCUGCACCGACAGUUCCCAUUCCAUGAAAUGUUUGCUGCACGUGGGGGCCAUGGGCAGCAGGACUUGUACCGUAUACUGAAGGCAUACACGGUGUACCGCCCGGAGGAGGGGUACUGUCAGGCGCAGGCUCCGGUGGCCGCAGUAUUGCUGAUGCACAUGCCAGCGGAGCAAGCAUUCUGGUGUUUGGUCCAAAUCUGUGACAAGUAUCUGCCAGGAUAUUACAGCGCCGGCCUGGAGGCCAUUCAGCUGGACGGAGAGAUUUUCUUUGCCUUGCUGCGCAGGGUUUGUCCCAUGGCUUACAGACAUCUGAAGAAGUUUAAGAUUGAUCCCAUCCUGUAUAUGACGGAGUGGUUCAUGUGUAUCUUCUCCCGUACUCUUCCUUGGUCCUCGGUUCUGCGUGUAUGGGACAUGUUCUUCUGUGAAGGGGUGAAGAUAAUUUUCCGGGUUGGGCUGGUGUUGCUUCGGCACACGCUGGGGUCAGUGGACAAGCUGCGGAGCUGUCAAGGAAUGUAUGAAACAAUGGAGAAAUUACGGAGCCUUCCACCUCACUGUAUGCAGGAGGAAAUUCUCCUGCCAGAGGUGAGUUCCCUUGCGGUCACAGAUGCUCUUAUAGAGAGGGAAAGCAAUACACAACUGCGCAAGUGGAGAGAAAACCGAGGAGAGUUACAGUAUCGCCCUUCACGCCGCUUACACGGGGCCCGCCAAAUUCAGGAAGAAAAACUGCGCAUGAACCCUACUCUGAGUGGCAGCCGGCUCAGCCUAUCCAGCCUUCGAAAGCCCUCUCCUCCACCAGUCCCCGCUCUCACCCUCCAACCACCAGAGUCUGUGGUGGUAUCUGAGGGUCUUCAUCCUGUGCUGCCUUCUCCCACCGCCAAUAAAACACCCUUGGGACCACCCAAAGAGCCCGCCAAGAAGGGCAAGGAGAAGCAAAAAGAGCCGACAGAAGAAAAGAAGGAAGACAGGGAGCGGGAAAGGAAGAGAGAGAAGGAAGAGAGAGAAGAGAGGGAGCGUGAGCGGAAAAGGGAGAAAGAGCGGGAAAAACAAAAAGAAAAAGAAGAAAAGCGACUUCAGAAAGAGAAGGAGAAAUCGGAGGCCAAACAGAAGAAAGAGAGAAAAAUUUCUUUCCGGCGCAAGGAGGCGUCUUCCCCGGCCACUGACUCCAAACGCAAGAGUGGCACCGGCUCCACCGAUGAUACGUAUUUCUAA